GUCGCACAGAGCUGACUCUGGGAGGCGUUUGGGCCCAGAGAAGUGGAUCGGCCGCUUGCGCCGCAUGGAGUCCGAAUCGGAAAGCGGGGCCGCUGCGGACACCCCCCCACUGGAGACCCUAAGCUUCCAUGGUGAUGAAGAGAUUAUCGAGGUGGUGGAACUGGAUUCUGGUCCGCCGGACCCGGCAGAUGAUCUGGCCCAGGAGAUGGAAGAUGUAGACUUUGAGGAAGAGGAAGAAGAGGAAGAGGGCAACGAGGAGGGCUGGGUUCUGGAACCCCAGGAAGGGGUGGUCGGCAGCAUGGAGGGCCCCGACGAUAGCGAGGUCACCUUUGCACUGCACUCAGCAUCUGUGUUUUGUGUGAGCCUGGACCCCAAGACCAACACCUUGGCAGUGACAGGGGGUGAAGACGACAAAGCCUUCGUGUGGAGGCUCAGCGAUGGGGAGCUGCUCUUUGAGUGUGCAGGCCAUAAAGACUCUGUGACUUGUGCUGGUUUCAGCCACGACUCUACCCUAGUGGCCACAGGGGACAUGAGUGGUCUUUUGAAAGUGUGGCAGGUGGACACCAAGGAGGAGGUCUGGUCCUUUGAAGCGGGAGAUCUGGAGUGGAUGGAGUGGCACCCUCGGGCACCUGUCCUACUGGCAGGCACUGCUGACGGCAACACCUGGAUGUGGAAGGUCCCGAAUGGUGACUGCAAGACCUUCCAGGGCCCCAACUGCCCCGCCACCUGUGGCCGAGUCCUCCCUGAUGGGAAGAGGGCUGUGGUUGGCUACGAGGACGGCACCGUCAGGAUUUGGGACCUGAAGCAGGGAAGCCCUAUCCACGUACUAAAAGGGACUGAGGGUCACCAGGGCCCUCUGACCUGUGUCGCCACCAACCAGGAUGGCAGCCUGAUCCUAACUGGCUCUGUGGACUGCCAGGCCAAGCUGGUCAGUACCACCACCGGCAAGGUGGUGGGCGUUUUCAGACCCGAAACUGUGGCCUCCCAGCCCAAUCUGGGAGAAGGGGAGGAGAGCGAGUCCAACUCAGUGGAGUCCUUGGGCUUCUGCAGUGUGAUGCCUUUGGCAGCUGUCGGCUACCUAGAUGGGACCUUGGCCAUCUACGACCUGUCUACGCAGACCCUCAGGCACCAGUGUCAGCACCAGUCGGGCAUCGUGCAGCUGCUGUGGGAGGCGGGCACCGCCGUGGUGUACACCUGCAGCCUGGACGGCAUCGUGCGCCUCUGGGACGCUCGGACUGGCCGUCUGCUCACUGACUACCGGGGCCACAUGGCCGAGAUCCUGGACUUCGCCCUUAGCAAAGACGCCUCCCUGGUGGUGACCACGUCAGGAGACCACAAAGCAAAAGUGUUUUGUGUCCAGAGACCUGACCGCUAAUGGCUGCAGCCUCUGCUUUGUGUCCAGUGUUGAGGGGUGGAGGGAGCCCCCCAGCAGAGGCGGGAGGGCACCAGGGGAGAGGAGGGGGUCCUCGGACUACUUUCCAACCCCUGCAAACUGACUUGUCCCCUCCGUCCCUUUCUUCUCCUAAGAGACCCAGCCCUGGGGCCCCCACCCCUCGCCCAGCCCUGGCGGACCCUUCGGAGGGAGGUCAGCUCUCCUCUUUGACUUCCCUUUGCUGGUGUGAGCCGUGGGGGGUGUCUUUGUAUGUGGGGAGUAGGUCUCUGAGGUGCCCGUUCUUUCCCUUCCCGAGUCUCUGGGGGUGGAAAGGAGGAAGAGAUACUAGUUACAGAUUUUAAAAAUGUAAAUAAAAUAUACUUCCCAGAGA